AUGAGCGGUCCUUUAUUUACUUUAGGGAAACCCCGAAGAUUGAGGACCCUGCCGGGACAGGGCGGUCAGAGUGGGGAGCAGAUGAGACACGGGGAAGGAAGUGAGAUGUCCGGGAGGGUGGAUGAGCAUUCAAGCGAUGCUGGACACACCAGAGCCGGGAAAAGAGCAGCACCGUUUAAAGACCCUGCUGGUAACCUAGUAUCCAGUCCACGAUUCUUGAACAUGUUCCCACAAGUGAAAGACCACAACACACUGGGGAAAGAGCAGGGUUCUGUUCCCAGCGAUUUUGAUCUGUUGAGCACCACAGUGAAACGAGUAAGCGAGUUAGAGGCUAAAGUGCGUCUUCAAGCGCGGGACAUCCAAAUGAAGGAUCAAGAAAUUGCCACGCUAGAGCAGAAGCUUAAGAAGCUGCAAAAGCAAAAGACAGGUCAUUCUUCACCGGAGCAGAAUGUUCUAGAAGCGGAGAAAAGGUGCCAGGGACUACAGAAAAGAAUUACUGAUAUGGAGAAUUUCCUGAGUGAUUAUGGUCUUGUAUGGGUUGGAGAUGACUCGGCUAACGCUGCAGAGCAGAAGACCACCAGCAGCAGUUUAGGGCUCUCUUCAAAGACUUUCCAACCAGAUUAUGACCUGAUUCUAGAGAAUUUGAGAGAUUUAAAUCUUCUUGGUGGAGAAGGUGUUUCACAAAUAGAGUACAGUGACAGGGCAGCUCGUCUGAGACCUCCUGACCCUGUCCUGCUGACAUUAUAUAAGAAUGGGAUCAUUAUGUUUCAGGGGCCAUUUCGAUCUUAUCAGGAACCAUCAACUCAGCAAUGUCUCAAAGACAUCAUGGAUGGAUAUUUCCCCUCUGAAUUGCAGGAACGCUUUCCUGAUGGUGUGAUAUUUCAGGUUAAAGACUUGCGUGGUGUAGUGUUUCGAGAAAGAAGAUCAUGGGAUGAAUUUCCUGGUACUGGUCACACUAUUGGAGGCACAGAGGGAACUGAAAGAGAGACCAGCGAGUUACCGGGUCACCAGCUAUCUGUUGAUCAGUUUUUAAGCCGACUUCCAAAAUCUGUUGUGCAUGGUGGCCGGGUCUUGGAUAUUCAGGGUCCAAUAAGAGAAGCCCUGCAGGGAUCUAAAGGAGAAAAAACACAAAUCUUAGUAGACUCUCCACAUGUGUUAUUAAUGGACAGAAGUCAUUCCAAGUCCCUGACAAAUGUGGUUGUCUGCACGCUGCGAGUCAAGUCUGAGAAUGGAGAAGACACAUACAAAGUACGAAUGUUGUCCUCCGAGACUCUUGGGGAUCUGCGGAAGUACCUAUCAAAACACAGAACUACUGAAGAUGACUUUGAAAUCAUCAAUCGAUUGCCUUAUCGAGUUUAUGACAACAAUGAAUGUACUCUACAAGAAGCUGCCCUUGUACCCAAUGCUUUUCUCCUUCUAAGAAGAAAACUUUAA